AGUGGGGUCCUAAUGCCUGUUGGCAAAAUCUUGUAGCCGUAAGCCUAGCAACGUGAUGGCGGCGCCCGCAAGAGCGCAGGUGAUCUCUUUGUACAGGAUGCUCUUAAGAGAAAGUUUUAAAUUCCCUUCGUACAAUUACAGGAAAUACGCAGUGCGGCGUGUACGCGACGCUUUCAGGGUCAACAAGAAUGUGAAUGAGCCAAAGUUGGUGGAGAGGCUGAUGCUGGAGGGCCGCCAAUCACUGGCCAUGAUACAGAGACAGGUGGCCGUGGGCGCUAUGUUCCAGGCCCAGAAGACUGUGGUGGAGUUGGAGUAGUAGCAAGAGGAGGAAGUCACAUCACAUCGGCCAAUCAGCUUCCAGCUUGUGAGGUGGGCGGGGCAUCAUGGGAGGUUAUGCACUCUUUGGAUGUUUCAUCAAGAAACUCAAAUAAAAACGGUAUGUUAUAAAAA